AUGACCGCGACCUACCCCUUAUCCAUCGUCGCAUACAAACGCGGUACGCAGAAUGACGAGAUCCGCCCCUACCACUGGCAAUUCCACCUCGCGACAGGCGAUAUCCGUGGCGUCUUCCAUCAGCUCUACGGCGAGCCCGGCAACUUUUGGUACGAAGGCGCGGAGAAGAUGAUACUCUUCGAGACUGAAGGCGGGAAGGUGACCAUUGGUGCCGUUCCCGCGGACGCGCUCGACGAGCUGGAGCGCAUCCUCGAGCAGAUACCGGUCGUUUUGGACAAGAAUGUGAAGUGGAACUGUCAAAGCUGGUGUCUCGACGCCCUCGAGCCACUUCGCGCCAAGGGAUGGAUUGCGGAUGGCAUAACGGAGACAACGAUCCGCGAAGCGCUGCCUGAAACGGCAUGA